AUGACUGCCACCGCCACCACUGGCAGCACCCACAAGCUGGCCAACACCAAGGAGGAGAGGAAGUUAAGGAAACCCCUCAUUGAGAGGAAGAGAAGGGAAAGGAUUAAUAACUGCUUGGACCAGCUGAAGGAGACUGUUGUGGGUGCAUUUCACCUGGAUCAGUCUAAACUGGAAAAAGCAGAUAUCCUUGAAAUGACAGUGAAGCACCUCCAGAACAUCCAGAGCAGCAAGCUAAUGGCCGACUCCAAAGUAGGUCUGGAAGCCCAGCAGAGGUACAGCACUGGAUACAUCCAGUGCAUGCAUGAGGUGCACAACCUCCUCCUCACCUGUGAGUGGAUGGACAAGACCCUCGGGGCACGUCUGUUAAACCACCUGCUGAAAUCCUUACCCAGGUCUGGUGAAGAUACCUGCAAAGCAGCAUUAAAGUCUUCAAGCCCACCUCAGCAGCCUUUCCUAACACCAAAAAGCCCCCUGAGCCCAAAGGGGAACACUCGGGGAAGAAGUCCAUCACAGGAGCACUUCUACCCCAUGGAGAACAAGCAGGCUUCAAAAAAUCCCUGCCAGAUGCCAUUGGUUUUCAGCCAGGUUGAUGCUGCGCCUCCCAGACAGGUCCUGCAGCCAAAUUUUUCCCAUAACAACCCCAGAAUGGGGUCAUUAGAUAUGUGGAGACCAUGGUAA